ACCCUGCUCUUCCACAACCAUUUCAGAGAAUGUCCAUGAGUGUUUACAGCUUCUUUCCCGACUUUAGCAACUCAUACACACAAUGGGAAAGAAAAGACAAUCCUCUAGUGAUAGCGUUUUUCGUUUUGAAGGUCUAAGCACCCAGAGGAAGCUGAGUGAGGAGCUAAGUCCAGCAGAAAGCCCUGGAUCUGUGUUUCUGAAUUCAGAGGCUGAAUAUGGUGUGGAAGAGAAAAAGAAGGCUGGCAAAUCAUCAGUACUACACAUGUCAUCAUCUCCUGAGAUAGAAUCAUUGGACCAGAAAAAAAUCACUUGCUUGAGGUCAAAGACCAGUAGUGAUGGCCUCUCCUUAGUGAGUGACAGUAGGAGUGAUUCCAAAAUAGACAACAAGAAUGACUCUAAGUCUGAAAGAAAAAAGUCCUCCUCCACAAGUCAGUAUAAGGCAAAUAUUCACUUUCACAAGUUAUUUCUGGAAGUCCCAAGUGAGGAACCAUUGAAACAAAGUUUUACUUGUGCUCUGCAGAAGGAAAUACUGUACCAAGGAAAAUUAUUUAUAUCAGAAAAUUGGAUUUGUUUCUAUUCCAAAGUCUUUGGCAAAGACAUCAAGAUCUGUAUUCCAGCUCUCACAGUGACUCUAAUAAAGAAAACCAAAACUGCCCUGUUGGUGCCAAAUGCUCUGGUUAUUUCAACAGUCACAGAAAGGUACAUAUUCGUUUCCUUGCUCUCCAGAGACACAACCUACAAGUUAAUAAAAUCAAUAUGCACACAUCUAGAGAAUACAAGUGUGGGCAACAGUCCCAACCCUUCAUCUCCUGAAAACAGCUUCCGAGCAGAUCGUCCUUCAUCUUUGCCUCUGGUUUUCAAUGAUGAAUUCUCAGAUUUAGAUGGAGUGGUUCAGCAAAGAAGGCAAGCAAUGAAUGAAUAUAGCAGCUCUGGAUCUCAGACUCCUGAAUCUGAAAAUUUUCAAGAUUUUCAUGUGAUGGAGUCCCAGACAGUUCUGAAAGUCAUUAAAGGAGAAACAAAAUCAGUUCAUACAGAAUCUCUUGUGAAUUGUGUGCCUAAAGGAAAAGCCAAGAGCCUUCCAGGAUACACAGGUCAGUCAGGAGCCUUUGGAUUCUUCCAUAAAUUAAGGUCCCAGAAAUGUCUGACACUCCGCCACAUUCUCAUAUUCUAUGCAGUUAUUGUCUGUGCACUUAUCUUUUCUACCUUCUACAUGAGACACAGAAUCAAUGCUCUGGAGGAACGGCUUAGAUCAAUAGCUUCUGCGGUUGAUUCUCAUAAUGAACAAAAAGCACCACAUUCCUUGGGAUCACAGUUGGAAGUCAACACUGAGGCCCUCUGUACAGAGUUAACAGCCAACAUAAUAAAAUUAGAAAAGAUACAAAAUAACUUACAAAGGCUGCUGGAGAAUGGUGACUGACUUACCUGGUUGCUUGGGGCCAACUUAAUGCUACACUUUCAAGAAGCAACUUCACUACUUGUGGAGGGCACUCUGCUGGACAGACACUGAUUAAUUGGAAUCCAAAGCCACUUUUGCACUUUAUGGUUCCUGCCUCAGGAAAGUGGGAAGUGAUUUGGUUAUUGUGCAAUAAAUAUUAACAUUGACUCUGGGGGCAGCUAGGUGGUGCACUGGAUGAAGCACCAGCCCUGGAUUCAGGAGGUCCUGAGUUCAAAUCUGGCCUCAGACAUGUGACCCUUAACUAGCUGUGUGACCUUGGACAAGUCACUUAACCCUCAUUGCCCCACCAAAAAAAAAUUUGACUCUGAGGGUGUUUUCACUGCUAUUUCAUGGGGAGAAUGGCUCUCAUUUACUUGGAUUUAUCAAAAGAGACUGUUGGAUACAACUAUGCCUUUGGGUUUGGAUGACUGAGGUUCAACAGGGAUUGUAACAUCAGCAAACAUGGUCCACUCUGUUUUACUUCUUCCUUUCUAUUCUUUCUUUAUCCCUUAAAACUCUUCACCUUCAACCUUAAAAUUAGACAAUAGGUUCAGAGCUGUCCAAAAAUAAAAGGGGCUGCCUCAUAAAAAAUAAAUAACAAUUCCCCAUAGCUGGAGGUGCUAAAAUACUGACUAGAUUUGGAUAGGAAUUGGAAUAGAUUACCUCACAAGUUCCUUCCAUUGCUAGUAUCCUGUGGUUCUUUUUAAGUGCCUAGUAAGUGCCACAAUGGAUUAAUAACUAAGGCAUAUUUUUUAAAAAGCCCUAACUGUAAAUGAUGCUGAAUAUAUACACACACACAAAAAGCCUCAUAACUUUGCUCUCCUCUUUCUCUACCCUGUUUUAAAUAAGCUGUAUUUUAACUUCUCAAUAUGGUGUCAAUAAUAACAAUAGGGAAAGUGGAUUUAAGUACUCAGUUUCUAAGUGAUUUUUUUUCCUAAGCAGGGUGUGGAACUGGAGCCCUAAAUUAAAACUUGCCUUGAGAACCUAAUUUUUAAAACCACCAAAAAAAAAAAGCACAACAGUUAUUUUUGCACAGAAUAGAAAACAUUGAAGGAAAUUUUUGGAUUCAAUACAGAAACCAAUUUCAACAGAUUAUAAUGGAUGUUUCUUCUUUGUCAUGUGAAAUUAAGAAAUUGCUGUUGGUUUAAUAUCUUCUAUUUACUAAGUUUUCACUAUGUACCAUAAGAUCUGUAAGUAUAAAAUAUUAUAUUUGCAAAACAUAUUUUAUAAUCAUUUCUAUGAAAUGUAUUUUAUUGUUAAAUCAAAUAAGCUAAUAAAUAAAAUGAGUUGGUUACCUGAUUUGUAUUUGAUAGACCACUGGCAAAUAUUGUGUUCUUAGUAAGUUCUUAUUGAUAUGUGAGGAUGGAGAUUGAUUGAGUAAGUUAACGAAACCAAUUCACCUAAAAUAAGUAAUAAAGCAGUCUUACAUGA